ACACAAACACCAAGUCCAACACACAUGGGUAUGUGUGUGUUAGGAUUUUAGAGGAGAGAUGGAACAAACGGUAAGAAGAUAAGAUUUGAUAUCCGCCAUCAUGGAUAAGAAUCCCGUUAGUAGUGUUACUGUCGAUUCGGCGUGGCAAUCGCUGAACAAUGUAUGUGAUGACUUGGAGCAGACAGCCACGCCAAGCAGGCGACGGAGUAGAAAAUCAUGGUUUGAAACCCCACCUGCAACUAAAUUAGAGAUCGCCUGUGAAAAGAAGAAAAGACGUUCCUCGGGAGGUGGCAAAAGAAAAAGCAUGGAAAAUAUGGAAACCCUUCUGUUGACACACUUUACGAAUCCUCCCAAAAUUACAUUCGGUAAAAUCAAACUUGGAAAAUCAAGACAUCGACACCUCCUUGUGAAAAAUGUCCACGACUAUGAGCAAAGUGUUGUUAUUGAGAAAUUUCCACACAAAAAGAAAUUUGAAGUUGACUCGAAAUCGUUUACAGUUCCAGCUCUAGAUAGCGUUGUUAUAACAUUUUCCUGGACCCCUGAAGAAGAUGGCAAUGUUCGUGAAAUGAUUUUGUUCAGGGUGGAUUCUGCCUACCGGCUUCAGGCUUUUCUCCUCGGCUGUGCUGAUUCCCCGAAACCUGCUAAAAAGGGGCAGAAGAAAGGAUUGCUUGGUGCCAAAGUAAAACGCCCCUUCUCCAUCCUCCACACUCCAGGGCUCGCCUGUAUCCGUGACAACUACAGCCCACAGGAAGCUGAGAAAGAGCCAUUCAUUCCUGGGAAGUUUCGUGUCCUUCAAGAAAACACCCACGUUCAAAACCAGAAUGACGAGAACAGAAGGCAGCACCAAGCCUUCCCUCCACCACGUCUGGAGUCAACAGCCAUCACUAAAGAUGCCAACUCGUCCAUCUGCCGAUCAAGUGUAUAUAACAAGAUGGCUGACUUAGGAUGCUCCCCGACACUUCCCGUCUCUGAUUUCAGCCCCAUUCCUACUGCCGAGAGUGAAAAUAUUCAUCUUGUGGAUUCCUGUUGUUCUAUCAUGCAGACCUCCCCUCUGAGAGAAGUGGUUAUCAACCGACCCAAUGAAGCAAAAACAAAAGAUAUGGCGAAGCUUGAACCAAGAGGCCCUGAUGUGAAGUUCUCUGUCUUAGAUAGGAAAGAAAUAAUAGACGUUGAGGUCCGAGAAACUGUGAAAGACCCACAGAAGACAGCAACACCAUCACGAACAAAUGAUCUACGAUCUACAGAGCAGGUUGAGUCGCAGAAGGAGUAUUUGUCGCCUGACAGUUUUUUGAAUGACUCACUGGUAUUCCGGCAACCAUUGGACAGGAAAGAGACUAAGGAUACAGAGGGAAGAAGUGUUAUUCGCAAGCCUCGUAAAUCAUGGACUCCACAGAAGAUGAGUCCGCUAAGGAUUUCCGAUCCUGAUAAAUCGGAGAAAAGGUACUUGUCACCUGACAGUUUCCUGAAUGAUUCCCUUGCGUCAAGAAUCUCUGGAAUUGGUGCUACUCCUGGGAAGCCAUAUUUCGACACAACUCCAGAUUUCAGCCAUGACGACUUUGAAAAAAGUAUCAUCAGUCCAAACUCGUUUCUUGAAGAGCUUAGCUCGACUAGAAAUGAUUCGCUUGAUGAUCGUCGAUUCUCUCGCAUUCCCAGUCCUGGAUCGGUCUUGAAUGGCUCUGUCCCUCAUGACAUUAUCGUGAAGCAGUUGAAGUCUGUGAGGACAAGCCUUUAUGAGAAGAAGCUUGAGCGAGAAAGCAUGAAGACACAAAAUGUCAAGUUUACUGUGGCUAGUAAAACAACAAGACAGACCUCCACAAACUGUACAAAGAAGACAGGAGUGUUUGCACCAACUCUGUCAUCUUCUAGACGAGCAACGUUUGUUUCAAAGAAAGCAGAUAAAGAAAUGUUCUCCGGCGCUCCCAAUGCACCAAGCCCCCGACGAGCAACCUUCUUGGUGUCAAAGAAGAAACAGGUCUCAAAGAAAGUGUCUCCCCAAAAACAAGAACCUCCGAAAGGACAAAAGAAGAUGACAAGGUCUCAGAGGUUCACCAAUAUCCACAAGGCUGGUCAACUGGAGCAGAAGACGAUGUCCAAGUCUCAUAGUAAGGUAAGGCGGAGGAGCAGCGGUAAUGGAGAGUCUCUUGUGAAGAAAACAAGGAAGUCUAGAACAGAAGUAUUCCUGACCAGUGUUGAAGCUUCUGAUGCUGAGAUGAAGGAGAACCAAAGUGACGAUGAUGUGGUGUUUGAAGCGUCUGUUGGCAAUCAGAACUCCUCUGCCACCAUUACCAAAGACAGACCAUUCAUGAUGACCAGUGACAUGGAACGGUCUUCUGGGAGGCAGUUGUUCGCAGAGGAGGAUGUCAAGGACUCAUCUGCCACUGUCACUAAAGAAAGACCUUUCAUGGAAGUCACUGAAGAACGGAGAGUUUCGGGGAAAUGUUUGUUUGCUGUUGAUGGGAAUGAGUUUGAACAAAACUCAUCAGCAACUGUCACAAAAGAAAAGCCUUCAGUGCAAUUGUCAGAUGCAAGGCGAGGAUCUGGCAAACAACUGUUUGCUGAUGAAACAACGAAAAUUGUUGAGCUUGAACAAAUCUCAUCAGCGACUGUAACAAAAGAAAGACCUUCAGUAGAAAUGUCAGAUGUUAGGAGAGGAUCUGGCAAACAACUGUUUGCUGAUGAAAAAACGAAAAUUGUUGAGCUUGAACAAAUCUCAUCAGCAACUGUAACAAAAGAAAGACCUUCAGUAGAAAUGUCAGAUGUUAGGAGGGGAUCUGGGAAACAAUUGUUUGCUGAUGAAGAAGCCAAGGAUGUACGAGGAAUGUCUUCCGUAAAUGAUGCAGAAAAGGCCCAUUCAGAAUUAACCAUGACAGCUGAUUUGGUGAAGGAACAGCAGAUAUUGUCCAGUUUGGAAAAAGUAGAAUUUGGCUCUCCAUCCAAGAUGUUUAACAAUGUAUUUGUAGGGGAGUCUUGUGUUGGUCGGAUGUCAAUGACUGUCACAAAGGAGCGUCCGUCUCUCUCUGUUAUCCCCAAGUCGGUAUCGGGGGAAGGCUUGUCUACGACAUCCAAAGUCAAUGAAACACCAAAGUCCUUUACUCAAGCAAGUAUUAGUGGCAUAUUUUCUAAAGAUCCAUCUCUGAAUGGAAACAACCGGAGAUUCUCUGGCAAGAAGCUGUUUGGAGCAGACCCCAUGUCACCCAGCAAAAGCCCAAUCCUGUCCUCCAUCUUCAGGGAUAUCGGUUCCCCGAGUAGAAUCCCAUCCAGUCCCGAUGUGGAGGUGACCAGGAGGAUAACACUGACCGUCACCAAGUCCCGGCCCUCGGAUGCCCUCAUAGAGGCUACCAAAGCAACUGUUAAAGACACGGGAAAGACAGACGAAGCAGACGGUCAGUUUGUUGUUGCUGCGAAGGAAGAGACCUUUGUGAAUGUUUCUGAGUCCAAAGAAGGCUACUGCAAGAGGAAGAAGAUAAUGGGUACGGCUGUUGAAAGUGAGAACGCCAACUACAGUUUCAAGAAGGUUGACACUUACGAGAAAAUUAUUAAUGUGUCAGAAAUGCAGGCGAUGCAGGAGCAGACACGCUCAUGGGAAGUCACUAGCAGCCCUCAAGGAAGAGCUCGCUCAAACUCUUACACCAUCACAUCCCCCAUGUUCUCUGUCACACCAACUGCUAUUCCAAGUAGUCCUUCCUCAGAGAACUCGCGCAGGUCAACCCAAGUCAUCUUGAAGCCUAAAGUCCUUGACGUGUCUGCCAACCCUCGUCGUCUGUUUCCCCCGUUGGAUAAUGAGGAACAGGACAGUCUAGUGGUCGGUGAGUUGGAGGAACAGCGAGGAGCAAGUGUCUCCUCCAUCACAUCUGCUAGCAGUGUCUACUCUGCGGACUCGUUGGAGGCAAGGAAAAGUGUGUCUGAAAUGUCUGAUUCAAGUCAGUCCAAAUCUGUUGACCUGUUUGAAAACUCAUCUGACCGAUCAAAGAAAGUUACUGAUGAACCGAUUGUGGAGGCUGGGAAACUCACAUCGGAAAUGUCUGAUACAAGUCGGUCUAAAUCUAUUGACCUAUUUGAUAAAUUGCCUGACCAUGAAUCAAAGAAAGAAAACGAACCGAUUCAAAUCACGCAUGAAUUCACAUCUGAUGAUGGCAGCCUGUCUACGUCAGUUGAUGUUUUUGAAAAAACACCUGACCACGAAGCAAAGGAAACAUUUGAAGAACCAGUUUGUCAGGAAGAGCUGAGCAUGAAUGAAUCUGUAUUUGAAAGGAAUGAAAAUGCUGAAAAUAUUCCCCCGAUCACUCACGCUCAACAAAAGGUUGUGGAAACUGGACUGGAGCCUCGCAACCCAGAGAUUAAGGAAACUAUGAACUUACUGAAGGCAAGCAAGAAAUCAACACCCGAUGAACAGCCAAAGGAAGAGAAGAAGAGGAGGAAGGUGAGGGCAUCAAAGGUUUCACCGACACCUGUCAAGUCUGAUAUAUCACCGAGCAAGUCGGUCAAAGACGGAAAGGAGAAUAGGAGAAUGAUGUUCAUCGCCAUGGAUACAGCUGACAAAGACAAGUGUGUGAAGGCUGAGGUGAAGCGUCAAGAAAAGAAACCCCUCCUGUCCCGGGGACUGAAUCUGAUGUCGAAGAAGCGGACCCUGACAGUGACAGAUGACAAGGAGAAUGGUGAGAAGCAGAACUCCAAGAAGAGGUCAAAGUCUGACCCAACAGAGAACACUCAGCCCAAGAGACCAGGAUUCCUGUCUCGGUUAACAGCGACGACCAAGAAAAGUAAGCCUCCUGUUAAAGGCUUGGCACAGUCCAAGCUGAUUCUUGUCAAGAAAGGAAAACAAGGCAUGCCAAGGCAUCCUCUUCCAUAUGCAGCCAAGAACAUGUACUAUGACGAGCGGUGGAUGGAGAAGCAGGACCGGGGCUUCGUACACUGGCUCAACUUCGUCCUCACGCCACCUGAUGAAUACAACUACGUGGUCAACAAAAUCAGGGUUGAUGCUGGUACCCUCAACACGGACAUCAAGACCUCCGCUUGCCUCGCACCAACGAAGGAAGUGCUGUCUAUCCGAGCUUACACUGCCCGGCGCCGGCUCAACCGUCUCCGCCGCGCAGCAUGUCAGUUGUAUCAGUCGGAGAAAACUGUCAGUGUCAUCCUGAAGCUGGAGUAUGAGGUGGAGAAGAAAAGGAUCUCGGUCAGGAGAGACAGGAUGGUGCACGCAGACAUAGGCAUCAAGCAGCGGAUCCUGGACAUGCUGCUCUGCUACAACCCACUGUGGCUCCGGGUCGGCCUCGAGACUGUCUAUGGUGAGGUGCUGCCUCUUCAGUCUAACAGUGAUGUGAUUGGCCUGUCUCGAUACAUCUUGUGUCGUCUCCUCGGUAACCCAGACAUUGCUCAGGAGUAUGCCCACCCCAGCGUGCCGCACCUCUACAGAGACGGGUACGCCGAGGCCAUUGCGAAGCAUGCGUUGAAGAAGUUCCUGCUCAUCGUGUACUUCCUGGACCACGCCAAGACCGCCCGCCUCAUACAGCACGACCCCUGCCUCUUCUGCAAGGAUUCAGAUGUCAAGGCAAGCAAGGACAUGCUGACUCAGUUUUCCCGGGACUACCUGAGUGGGGAGGGGGAUGUCACCAAGCACCUGGCGUACUUCGGCUACACCGUGUCCCACGUCCAGACGGCCAUGGACGAGUUCGACUACGCUGUCACCAAGCUUGGAGUGGACCUCAGGGAUGGUGUCAGGCUUUCGCGAGUGUUGGAGCUCCUAACAGGGGAGUGGAAUCUAGUGAAGUGCCUACGAGCUCCAGCUGUCAGCCGACUACAGAAGAUUCACAACAUAGAGAUGGUAUUCCGCACCCUGACCGAGCGGGGACUUGAUGUGGCCAAGGUUGAUGGUGGCAAAAUUGGAGCCAGAGAUGUGGUUGAUGGACAUCGUGAGAAGACCCUCAAGAUUCUAUGGCAUCUCAUCUUUCACUUCCAGGUUGAUGUGCUGAUCAACUUGGAGCAACUCCGAGAGGAGACAUCCCUCCUCGAGCAGUCACUCAGGGUCAAGGUCAACAUGCAGAAACUCCUCAAGAUAAAACAAGAGGACAACCUUGCGCGUCGAGACAGCGGGGGUCUGAUGAGCCAAGACAACGAGAGGCUGGAGAUGCUGCUGAAGUGGUGUCGAGUUGUGUGUCUGCACUACGGGGUCAAGGUGGAGAACUUCACUGUGUCAUUUUCGGAUGGGCGUGCCCUGUGCUGCUUGCUGCACCACUACCAUCCCGGGCUGCUGCCGCUGUCGCAGGUCCGCUUCCAGACCUCCCAGAGUCGGCAACAGGACCUAGAGGACAAGGAGGAGGCGGCAUGUGACCUUGACCUCAGCCAGGACUGGAGUUUCCAAUAUGGCUCAGGCCUCGAUGACCCUGAGCUGUACGAGGAGCUGCUCGCCAACGAGAGAGAAAACUUCAAGAUUUUGUAUGAGAAGGUGUCUGAGCUCGGUGGAAUCCCCCUGAUGCUGAAGUCUGUAGACAUGUCCAACACCAUCCCUGAUGAGAAGGUGGUGGUCACCUAUGUGUCGUACCUGUGUGGACGACUGCUGGACAUCAGACAGGAGUCACGGGCAGCACGGGUCAUCCAGAUAGCCUGGAGGCAUUACAAGCUCCGCACAGCACUCCGAGCACAACAUCAUGAGAUCAAAGCAGCACAAGUUAUCCAGACUCGAGUGAGAGAGUUCCUCCAGCGGAGACACACACAGAGACAGACGAGGGCAACCAUCGUUGUACAGUCUGUAUGGAGGGGUCGCAAGGCCAGGUCGGAGGCCCGACUGCGGAGGCUGGCACGAGACAACGCCAACAUGGGAGUUGCUGUCACCAAGAUUCAGGCUGCAAUGCUUGGGUUUGCUGCUAAACGACGAUAUCAACGUCUUCGUAAAUCAACCUUGACCCUUCAAGCUCAUAUAAGAGGUCAUCUGGCCAGGAGGUGUGUUUCUAAGCAACACAAAGCUGCAGGCAUCAUUCAGAGCAGGUUCGGAAGUUGGAUGACAGCACGGAAAGAUCGAGGAGUGUUCCUGGCCAAGAGGUCUGCUGCUAUAACUGUACAGAGAGCGUUCAGAGCUGCUGCCAGCAGCCGUACAGCCCGAACAUCAGCUGCAGCUGGCGUGGUACAGAGGGCCUGGCGAGGGUACAGCUGUCGCAAGCAGCUGGUGGAUCUUAGGAGGUCUGUGCUCCUGCUGCAGGGAUGUGUGAGGAUGAAGAAGGUGAGGAAGGAGUAUCUCCAGUUGAGGAAAACAGCAGUCACACUACAGGCGAGAGUCCGAGCCAACAAACUUUCAACCACAGCAAGACAAGACUUCCUGACUAAGAAGAAGGCAGUGACAACUCUACAGUCUCAUCUCAGGGGCUACCAGCAGAGGGUGGAGUACGCUCACAACAGAAACGCUGCCAUCUGCAUCCAAAAACACUUCCGUGGACACAAGUAUCGAGUGAAAUUCCAGGCAAUGAGACUAGCUGCGAUAAUUCUCCAGCGUGCAUACCGGCUUCACAAGAUGGCUGGUGAUGAGCGGGAGGUGCUGCUUCGACAGACAGCUGCUUGUGUAACAGUACAGCGCUGGUGGAAGCUGCUGCAGCAGAGGAAGAUGGAGAGGCGACACACAGCAGCUGCCCUCAUCCAAGCUACAUAUAGGUGUCAGGCGGCACGACGGGAGUUCAAACGCACACAGUCAGCCGUACUGACUCUACAGACAUCCUUUAGGAGGACGGCUGCCAGGGCACAGUUCCUUCGUACCAAGGCUGCAAUUAUCAUCCUCCAACACUACACCAGGCUCCACUUGAACAAACGACAGAUCCAGUCCCAGAUGCAGGCCAAGAGAGAUGCCGUGGUGCGGCUUCAGACAUGUUGGCGGCGACUUCAAGCACAGAGACAAUAUGGCGCCAUCAGACAAGCUGUGAUGGUCAUUCAGAAGAAUGUACGUAUGAUGCAAGCUCAAAUACAGUACAAGAAUAAAAUGGCAUCCGUCUCCUGUCUACAGCGUCAUGCCCGAGGAUACCUACAGAGGAAAGCCUUUUUGUCUGACGUAGCCCAUCGGACGUCUGCUGCUGUGAGGGUUCAGUCGUGGUGGAGGAUGUUGGUGAGUCGACAAAGGUUUGUCUCACUGAGGCAGAGUGUAGUUGUCAUUCAGGCCUGGGUCCGAGGCUGGCAUCAGAGGAAGGACUUGAUGCGUCAGAGGAAGGCAGCUCUUGUCAUCCAGAGCUUCUACAGAGCUACUAGAGCUACUAGGGAGGCGAGAACAAGGUAUCAGGUGAUGAUUGGUGCUGCUAUGGCCAUCCAGAGUGGCUGGAGAAGCUAUGUCAUCAAGAAACAGUUCUCGAUCAUGAGGAGGUCUGCUGUGAAGAUUCAGAGCAAGGUUAGAAUGGUGCUGGCCAUGAAGAGGUACCACAACCUGAAACAUGCCUGUGUUUUGCUGCAGAGACGUUACAGGGCAAAUAAGAUGGGUCAGUGUGUCAAGCAAGAGUUUGUCCAAACUAAAUCUGCCGUUGUGACACUGCAGGCGGCAUUUAGGGGGCAGAGAUGUCGCAAGCAGUAUCAGAAAACAAAAAUGGCUGCUGUGAAGAUUCAAAGCCAUGUUAGAAUGGUACGUGCCAUGAAGAAGUACCACAACAUUAGAAAUGCCUGUGUUUUACUGCAGAGACUUUACAGGACACAUAAGGUGGGCCAGUGUGUCAGGCAAGAGUUUAUCCAAACUAAAUCUGCCGUUGUGACACUCCAGGCGACAUUUAGGGGGCAGAGAUGUCGCAAGCAGUAUCAGAAAACAAAAAUGGCUGCUGUCAAGAUUCAAAGCUGGGUUCGAAUGAUUCAUGCCAUGAAGAAGUACCACACCUUUAGAAAUGCUUGUAUCGUGCUACAGGAUCAUUACAGGGCGUACAAGAAGGGUCUGUGUGUGCGGAAGGCGUACCAGAAUACCAGAUGUGCCGUUGUGACACUGCAGGCAGCAUUUAGGGGGCAGAGAUGUUGCAGGCAGUAUCAGAAAACAAAAAUGGCUGCUGUCAAGAUUCAGUCAUGUGUUCGGAUGUAUCAAGACAGAUGUAAAUAUAGACAAAUCGUCCAAGCCGCCUGCGUCCUUCAGCGGAGAUUGAGAGCUCUAAGAGCUGGUCAGCUCGACAGGAGAGUGUAUGUAACCAACAGGAAUAAUGUGAUCAAGCUGCAGGCUGCCGUGAGGGCGUGGAUAUGUCACAGGGCAUUCCAAAAGACCAGACAGGCAGCCGUCACCAUUCAGAAACAUGUGAGGAUGCACCAGCAGAGGAUGAGAUACAGGCAGCUGCAGCAGCAUGUCAAGAUGGACAGGGCUGCUGUAGUCCUGCAGAACAGAUGGAGGAUGCUGGUGGAGAGGAGGCGGUUCACGACGAUGAGAGCAGCGUGUAUCUGUGUGCAGCAGCAGUACAGAGCUGUGCUGUCCGGCAGGCAGCAGAGACAGAACUAUGUACACAUUAAACAAGCAGUGGUCACCUUACAAACUGCUUACAGAGCUGCUGUUUGUAGGAGAGAUGCUAGGAGGGAACUAUCUGCGUUACUUAUUCAGAGUCACGUUCGCAAACAUUUGAUCAGAUCAAAGUUUUUGUGUAUGAAGAAAUCGGCAAUUAAAUUGCAAGCAUGUGUGAGGAUGAUAAGAGAGAGGAAGUUUUACAGGGAGCGGAAACAAGCUGUUUGUCAUAUUCAGCAGUGGUACAGAAGUAUCAAAUGUGGUCAGGGGUCUCGGAGAGCGUUCCUCAUCAUGAAGGGAGCAGCCAUGACAAUACAAGCUGUAUGGAGGGGAUACAUUGUCCGAUGUCGGUUGGCACUCUACCAGAAGAGUGCCACUCUCAUACAAGCUGGCUUCCGUUCACACCAACAGCAGAAGCAAUAUCGCAAACUUCGGGCCACAGUCGUCAGCUUACAGAAGCUCUACAGAAACAACAAGGCAGCCGGGUUGGAAAGACAGAGGUUUGUCCAACAGAAAUCUGCGUCUGUCGUCAUUCAGAAAAUGGUGAAAAUGUUCCUAGUAAGGAGGCGGUUCCUGCAGCAGAAGUCCGCAGCUCUGACUAUUCAGAGGGCGUAUCAGUGUUAUAAGGAGAGGUCAGCCUUCAUCCAGCAGCGAGAAGCAGCGAAGGUCAUUCAGGAUAAGUGGAGGUCGACCUUAUCCGCCCGGGUCCAGCGCAAGCAGUACCUGAUCCUGGUAGGAGCGGCCAUCACCAUUCAGCAGGGAUACAGGAGUUACCAGAUUAGGCAGGACUUCCUUCACACACGCUGUCAAAUCAUCCGAGUCCAGGCUUGCGUCAGAGCAUUCCUCCACAGGAAGAGGCAUCAGCGUUUACAGCAAGCUGCUCGCACGAUACAAGUCCUGUGUCGAAGAAGAUGUCAAACACGGAAACAAAGGAAAGAGUUUUUGCAGAUGAGGUCGUCGGUUAGCGUGCUACAGUCUGCCUACAGACAAUGGAAGCACAGACAGGUUGGAAAAAGACACAUCGCAGCCACUACUAUACAGUCCGUGUUCAGGAUGCUUGUCGUGAAGAAACAGUUCUGUUUGACCAGACAGAGAGUCGUCCUUGUCCAGGCGGUUAUCCGAGGGUUCCUGGCGAGGUGUGCCUACUGCCACAAGCUGCAAGCUAUUUCUGUCAUACAAAGAAACGCACGGAGAUUCCUACUGUUUAAGGGUCUGCGUCGGGUGGUCGCUCGACGGAGACGUGCUGUCGGUGUGAUUCAGAGAUCGUACAGGAAGUACAGGCACACUCUAGAACUGAAGAGACAAAAAUCGGCAACACUGAUUCAGAGAGCGUACAAGAGGCAUAGGCACUCUCUAGAACUGAAGAGACAAAGAUCUGCAACAAUAAUUCAGUCCACAUUCCGAAUGCAUUGUAUACGUAAGACUUUCCGACAGACCUGUCAGGCAGCCAUCUUGAUUGAGAGCAGUUGGCGAGGCUACAUGGUGAGACGGACCUUCAGAAAGACACUACAGAAGCAUCGUGCAGCAGUGUGUCUUCAGAGAAGUUACCGUGGUUACAAGGCUAGAGUUCAUCUUCAGAAGCUACAAGCGGAACGGAAAGCUCAGCUGGAGAUGUACGCCCAACGCGCCCGAGUCCAUCUUGCGGCUGUCAGGAUACAGACAUGGUACAGACAGUGCUUGAUGCUGCGUCAGGCACGACAGAGGAUAGCAAGCGUCGUCUGCAUACAGCGUCGGGUACGAGCAUUCUUGGUACGCCUGCACUACGUGAAGCUUCACGAGAGUACCGUGCUGCUGCAGCGGCGGUGUCGUCAGUGGUUGGCGUCGCGGCAGAGGUCAGCAGUGGUCAUCCAGAGGGCAGUGCGUCACUGGCUUGUUAGACAGAGACAACACCAACUCCACAGACAGGUGGCCAGAAUACAGGCUGUGUGGCGAGGGUAUCGGGCCAGAAAGAGCAUCACUUGUAAGAAGAUCCGGCGAGCAAGGGCCCGGUGUCAUGAAGCCAGUCAGAAUGCUACCGAGGACAAGAAGCUGGGGAACCGCACAACGUCCGCCCUGGACUACCUGCUGGAGUACAAGAGUCUGUCUCACAUCCUGGAAGCCCUCAUGCAUCUCGAUGUAGCUACUCGACUGUCCCCGCGAUGUUGCCAGCGUCUCGUGGAGGUGCACGCCGUCCAUGUCAUCUACCGCCUCAUCCGCAGCUGCAACCGCAGCCUGCCACACAUGGAGCUGAUAAAGUACUCCGUCAACAUCCUCCUCAACCUGGCCAAGUAUGACAAGACUGUGAAUGCCGUCCAUGACGUUGAAUCAACUGACAUCCUCGUGGACCUAAUGCAAAUCUAUCGAGAGAAAGGCAGCGCCAUCUUUGCCAAGACCUGCUCGCUUCUCGGUAUUCUAGCUCUGGAUCCCCAUAGAAGACAGGAAAUCCUGCAACAGACGAAACUCAUGGAGAAGAUCCGCAGUAUCCAGAGCCUGGUGGCUCGCAAAAACAAAGUUGAUGAACGUCACAAGAUUGUCCAGGCCAAGAUGGCUGCGACACGCAGCUUCAACUCCACACUGCCACUACCUACACCAGUCAAGCGGAGACGUAUUCGACCAGAGUGGACUCUGAAACGUGACAGUCUCCACGCCUUGUCUGAUCCCCUACCAGCCAUCAACUUUGUCCUGGAGAACCUACAUCUGUCCACAAAGUGAUUCUGGAGAGAAGGGAGGGUUGCCAAUAUUUAUUCCAGUGCUACAAUUACACACAGUCUUGAUACAGGGUAUAGUGACAGCUUAUGGAAUACUGUAUAUGCUCCUCAGUAGUUCAUAUAUCAAUAACCAUGUGAUGUAGCUGGUCCUCACCUAGCUCCAUCCUCCUAACUCUGGGAUCAGAUCACUUUCAAAAGACAAUGUCAUGUCUGACCAAGGCCCAUCUCUGAAAGGACAGUGACCUGUCCGGGCUAGGGCAGUGACCUGGUUUGACAAGGGCAAUGACCUGGCUUGGCAAGGGAAAGGAUUAAGUUUGGGCAAAGACGAUAGACUGGGCAAUAAGUGCUAUUACCAAUGGUGCAGAGGGAUGCUACAUGCUUCGUGCACCACUGUUGAACUUCCAAGACAGAAUAUCCCAGUGAUUCCACACUCAUUCUGUGCUUCUUAAGGUUAAGACAAUACAUAUUGUUUUAUGUGUACAUAGAAGCGUUAAGUAUGAACUUGGCUGCAACUGUUCGGAAAGUGUGGAGCUUAAUUUCUCUACAUGUUAUCAUUACAAAUUAUGUACGGUCAAACACCCUUGUGAAGGGACCUAUGUAAAUACUAGUUAUCCAAGGUUUGACACAUAAAAAUUAUGAAUAAAGAAGGAAUACAAAGGGACCAAGCUUUUACUUCAAGACAACCAUAAGUUCGACACGGUAAUUGACUGUACAUUAUGGAUCAUGAAAUGAAUGUCACUACCGUGAUUUGAAGAUGUGUCAGAAAUAUCGAAGACGUUAAUGUUUGUGAAACUUUCUUUGCACCCUACUCCACUUGGUAACAUACAGUAUUGAUAUGGCUUCAGUACUGAAUUAAAUAGUAAACACUGUAAAUACAUGGACACUGAUUUGCACAAACUAGUUUACAAGCAGCUCAAAUUAUCCAGUGAUCUGAGAUGCCACAGCUUACUUUAAGUAGCAUCCCUUUAGCUGUGUCUGGAUCCACUGAGCCGUGUAGGUUGGCGCUGUCAUGAUUACACUGUAAACAAUAGGAUUAGUUUAGAACUUAGUUAAGUGUCUCAAGACCUGCUUGUGAUAACUAGAUGGGCAAAACCAUCACACUACAUUACCAUAGUAACUUUAUAUUGUCUCUCUUAUGGUGUAGAGGACUUCACUGUUUCUUAACUUUCUCUGCUAAACCUGUCCUCCUAUAUGUAUUGAAUCCACUGUGAUUUAAUAAAUGCUAUAUAUAAACUAUGAA